CUCUGAUGGAUGCCUCCUACACCGUGCACAAGCCCAGGUCACGUUACCUCCGGUUGAGGAAGAAACGGAGCUGCUCCAGAAGCUUUACAAUCUCCUGGAGGCCAAGGGGUUUCAGACGCGCAUGGAAGGAGUGUUACUCCUCCAAGACCUGUGCAAAACCAGCCCCCAGCUCAUCUCCACUAACAUUGUCCAAAUUUUUUAUUAUUUUGUCCUGAGAAUAUCUGACAGCCACAAGAAAGUGAAGCAGAAGGCGCUGGACAUGCUGGCUGAAAUCACAGGCACCCUGAAAGAUGCCCUGAACCUGGUGAUCAUUGGUUUGGUGGAAGGAAUAACGAAGAACCUGAACUCCAAGGAUCCCAGGGUUCGUGCUGCAGCUGUGAAAGUGCUGGAAGAAUCCAUUGCUCAUUUAGAUAAAGUGUCACUGCUGAAGGAGUUCAGCUACCAGUGGAAUCAACUGAGUGGCCAAGCUCUGCUGGAUGUCACGGAGUGUAUCACAGUGGCACUGGACUGA